AAACUCAUUUUCGCGUUAUUGUCAUAUCUGUAACUCGUAGUGUUAUAAGUUCAUUGCCGUUCGAUGCUGGAGUUUUCAAUACAAAUGAUCGUUAUAUUUCGUUAUUGUUUCGGUCGUUUUUCGCCAAUUAGCUGAGAAUGAAGCCUUUGACCUCGCAAGUCUUCGGUAAAUGACGUGUAAGUAUGAAAAUAGCGUUAGGUAACAGUGUAUAAAUUUUUGUUAUUUUGUAAUUUGAUUUCGAAUUAACUUAUACUUUCUUAAAAAAAUUAAUAGAAAAGAUAAGUAAAGUUGAGUUUUCUCAGUAAAUAAUAAUGUUCAUAUUUUCCAAGUAAAUUUCAUGUUAAUUUAAUUUAAAAAUUUUUAUAUCAAUAACGUAAUGCUAAGUAUGAUCAGAAACUAACUAUACACAUGUAGACCAAUAAUGAAGAGUAUAUAAAAGUAAAAAGAAAACAAAUAAAUAAUUAAGAAAAAUAAAUAAACAAAUGGAUAAAUAAAAUAAUGGAUAAUAAUAUAUCCUUGUUUCAACUGUUUCCAGCCUAUUUGCUUAAAGACGAAUCCAUCUCGAGAGCAAACUUCGUCCGCCUCGAUAAUCUAUUCGAAGCUCCAUGUUCUCGGUGCUAAAUCGCAGCUUAUUCCUCAUGAGUGUUAUCAGUCGCCAGUUUCACUUCAAAUAUUGUGAAGUGGCCUAAUUCAAACCAAACCACAUCGGAAAAUUCUCUUAACAUCGUCUUCUUAUAUUAUCAAGGUAGCCAGAUGUUUAUAUAAUCAUCCAGGUUCGUUCUAUUGCGACUAUGCUGUAAAGUUGCAGUAGCUAUCGGAUUUCACGAAAAACGGUAAUCAUCGUUGAUAGCAUGAUUGUCUGAGGAAGGCCGUCUCUGCAUUUAGAUACAGAGUCCAGGACCGCAAUGUGGAGUUACGUGUUUAGGUUACCUCCUUAUUCCGGGUCAGCUCAUCAGGUGAAGGUGAAUUGAGGCCUGCUGGUACCUUCCCUCUACCCAAACAAAGAGGGAAAAUGAAAAGUCUGGUUCUGGGCGGGGCUGUGGCCGAGAGAUUCAUCGGGUCUGUGGUGGAGGAACACAAGAGCCAGAGCCCCAGGGGUCCCCAUCCCCCCCAUGUGGUCAUUACCGACAAUACUACCUCAUACUCUCCACCCGGUAGAAAUGAAGGUGUCGGUCUCAACAGCUAUAUUAUCAUUGUGGCCGUAUUGGGUACCGUCAUCCCGCUCAUAUGUCUUAUACUCACCAUAGCUCUGGCCAGGAAAAUAUGGAUGAAGAUGCGAGGGGAGGACUUCGAAGGGAAAGUGGAACGUGAGGAUACGGCCCAGACUUCCCUGAAGAGUCGCGAUGGAGGCUCGAGGAAGUCCUCUAGGGCCUCCAGAGUCACGAAGGAUCCCAACAGCAGAGACAACCUCAUUCCGCAGCUGCAUCUCACACACUGCGACCCGCAGAAUCUACAGCGACUUGCUAUUUUGGACGACAGCAUGAUAACAUCCCCCUCCGAAGGCCCCGUCACCGAAGAAAUUGGAGGUUCCGUGGAGGAGAUCGUCGUCGGUGAACCUGACGGCGAUCAGUCGCCAAGUGAGCUGACAUCUAAGGUAUCUGUCUCGAUGAAAAACCACAGCCUCGUGGUUGAGGUGGAAGGCGCCCCAGAUCUCCCAGACACGCCCACUAUCACGGAGAAUGGAAAAACGCACCACUUCACUGAGGCUGAGAUUGAACCAGUGGUGCCAAAAAUCACAGGGGACCUCCUCAAAACAACGCAUCUCCCAGUUUCUAAUGAGCUUGGAGUAAAUUCUCUACUUCAAAAAGGAGUCAUAACAGUUUACCUCAAACGCAGCAAGAGCGAGCGGGUGAGACCUCGAAACACUUCCCAGGACGAGGGCGUCGGAGACAUGGAUUCCUUCGAGCAGGACGUUUCUCCGCGGCCUCACCAGCGCCGUCUGUCGAUGGGCCAUCACCCUCAGUCACGACACACCACACCCCAGCGUCUUACAGUUGAGCCUGAGAAUGGUAACUUUGGUAUCUCAACCUCCGACCUUAGCUUGGACUCCAAUAGCUCCUGUAACCCCAGCUACAAAUAUGGUAACCAGGUCUCCUACGCAGGCGGCUACUACGGCUACCCGGUGAGCCAGGGCUACCCAGCGUCAGAUCGGCAGAGCAGGAGGAUGCAUUUGGUGGUUCCACGGGGCAGCAGUGGCGGCGAAGAAAGCCUGGGAGUCCAGAGAGAAAAGGUGGAUAGGAAGACUUCCCUUCCUAAUGCAUUAGACUCCCAAGGUGGCAGUGGCGAAUUCAAGACCAGGUCAAGCGUCUCUAGAUCUCAAAGUUGUCGGACUGAGUACCAUGGGGACCAUAAUAGAAGGUAUCGUUCACCAGAUAUACGGAGGGGCGAAUCACUCACACCAGACUACUGCAGUCCUAGUUUAUCACCAGCAUGCUUGUCCCCCUCGAGAUCGAUGUCCUCGUCCCGGGGCGCCCUCAGCAAGCAGUAUUCCCUCCCGGCCAGCGCCCGCAACGCCCGCUACACGCCGCGCCACCGCCAUUCCUUCCGCCACGACCGCCCCCACCAAUACCAGCACCACGACCACCAAGCUUACGACCACCCGCACGUCCGCUCCCACUCGGCCUCGCUGCACGCACCGCACGAACACCGCCAGCACGUCUCUCGCGAGCUCCACUCCCCCCGACUCGAGUCGCCCCACAUGCCGAGGGAGUUGCACUCGCCACGGCUAGAGAGCCCGCACAUGUCUCGGGAGCUGCACUCCCCGCGGGUGGAGAAGGUGGUGACCCCAGUGAUUGUGGACGAGCCCUCCGAUGUCGUCACGUAGGGCAGGAGGGAGUUAGAGAGGGAGGGCAGUUUGAAAACGAUACAGGAAGUUAGUGAAGAAGAUAAUAUCAGUACGUUGGGAUGAUCCAGAUUUUAAAUUUAGGAAUAAUUCAAUAGGUAUUGCAUAUGAUCAUAUUACGUAUAUGUAUAUAUAUAUAAAUAUAUACGGUAGUACAUUCAUUUAUUGGUAUUUAUGUAUGUGUGUGUGUGUAGCAAUGCGCAUUCCUACACAUGUGCCGUAUAUAAAGUUUAAAGCAGUGAUCUCAAAUUCUGUGGAAAAUUCCACAUGUUUUUAUUGUAAGGGAAAUCGUUGAAUCUUGUUUAUACCCUUAAAACUAACAUCUUGCAAGAUAUAAUGAUCUUCAUGCUAAUUUAUAUCAUAUAAGUAAAUAUGUGUACGUUAUAUAUACUUACCAUAUAUAUAUACAUAUAUAUAUGCAUAUAUAUGUGUAUAUAAUGUAAGUGAAUUUACAUGACCCUAAUCAAAGCAAAUUAGCACAUGAGUAUCAAAUCAAGAAGGUGAACUCCAUUGGGCCUUGUGAUUUCCUUCGAAAUUCUUUCCACAAACAAAAUCUGACGAUGGAAAAACGCUCAUCACAUUUCCACGCCAUUCCUCGGUCGUCCAGACAAUUUACUUCUCUGUAUUGAUCAAAUGAAUACUCGUAGCAUACUUCUUCUGGCGGAAAACCAAGUCUGUCGAUGACCCAAUAACAUUUCAACAUUUAUUUAUAAUGGAAAAAAUAAAGACAUUCAGAGGGCAACAACUGCUAGAGGUACAGCUAGUUUAAUGGUAUAUGAUCUUCUAACAAGUAGUGAUGAACCUGGAGGUAAUUUUGUAGUCGUUAUUUUUGGAUACGAAAAGGUUUACUACCAUAAGAAGAGAGAAUUACAUAGUCUAUGUUGUAUUGUUACGAUGGUGAAGUCACUUGUUUUAUAAAUUCAAAUUCUAUUAACAGAGUUCUAUCAGAUACUGUAGAAGUAAAUAUUUGCGAGAGUACAAUUUAGGGGAAAGAUAGAUUUAGAAUGAGAGAGAGAAAAAAAAAAAGAAAAGAUACAGAAAAGAUGACGAACAAUUUCGUAUCAACUGAGAGGAACGUCAUAACCUAAUUUGUCUCCUGACUGACUUCAGUGGACCGAAAUGAAGCCUAAACUUCAUGAUUUGAUCUUGCUAGAAGAAAAUGCAGUAUAUCAACGCAUGAUGAAACACACGAUAGAUAAAUAGCGAUAUUUUGCAUUUAUUAUCGUAGUUCAUAGAAUCAGAAUACUAACAAAUUAACUAUACUUUUGGUCGGUUACGGUAUUCAACGGAAGGAACAAGAGUUAACAGAUUCAGAUUUUCUACGAAAUUUUUUCAUCAUAUAUGUAUGUGUGUAUAUGCGCACGCAGACAUAUGAAUAACAUGUAUUUAUACCCACACAUACAUGAAUAUGCUUAUGUAUAUGGUUGCACAACAUAUACUUAAGCAUAUAUCUAAACAGUGUGUUGUUGUUCAUAGCUUAAUUUCCUUUCAGUAGAGCUGAUCCUGUAGACAUAAAUGCAAUUCAACUGUUAUUUAGUCGCUCAUUUUGUGCCAGAUUGAUUUUGUGUGAAGAUAUAAUUUAACUGGAGUUGAUGUUUGAAAACAUUUGAAUAAUAUUAGACAAAUGAUUACCAAGUAUUGAAGUUCCUUUUUUAAAGUUUUCGUUUCAUAUUUUACUGUACACUGGUUGCAGUUUCUUACAGUUCGGAGAAAGCGGGCAGCUGCAAUAGAAUAAUUUACGCCUAUAAAUAUUCAUAUAAUAUUGAAAAUCCUGUUGUAUUCAUAGAUAAAUUAAAAACGUAGUUGAAAAUUAAAAAAAAAAAAAAAAAAAAA